ACGGCACGACGCGCGCACCAGCCGGCGGCGCGUCGGCACAGAACCUCACUCUGCACACCGACUGUUAUGUGCCUCGAUAUUUAACUUGUGAUUCCGGCACAAGUGUGAACCGCAGCCCCAAGUUCCGCCAUGGCUGCGCUGUCGGGGGGAGAGAUGUGCAUCAAAUACCUGAUGUUCGCCUUCAACCUGGUGUUUUGGCUUGCAGGCACUGCCGUCAUUGCUAUAGGCCUUUGGCUACGAUUAGACCCCAAGACCAAAGGACUGUUUGAAGGAUCAGACUCUCCAUAUGUGUUUUACACAGGUGUAUAUAUCCUGAUAGGAGCUGGAGCACUGAUGAUGGUGGUGGGUUUUCUGGGAUGCUGCGGGGCCAUCCAGGAGUCCCCCACUAUGCUGGGGCUGUUCUUCUUCUUCCUGCUUAUCAUAUUUGCCAUUGAGGUCGCAGCUGGAAUCUGGGGAUUUUCCAAUCAAAGCAAGGUGGUGAACGACAUCACAACAUUCUACCUUCAGACCUACAACAACUUCAAGACAACAGGAGACGAGCGCCUCAGAGAGAUACUGCGUGUGAUUCAAAAUGGGAUGAACUGCUGCGGUCCGACUGGUACAGUAGUGGACAUUGCCAAAGACACCUGUCCCAGGGGAGAGCCGCUUGAGGAGCUCAUUGCUAAGAGCUGUCCUGAUGCCAUCGACGAGGUUUUUGAUUCCAAACUACACAUCAUAGGAGGAGUGGGCAUCACCAUCGGGGUUAUUAUGAUGUUUGGGAUGAUCUUUAGCAUGCUCCUGUGCUGUGCCAUCAGGAAAUCUCGAGAGGUGGUGUGACACCGACCACACGCAUCACACGUCCUUCUUAAUGUUGCAUGAUGUCAUUCCUAGAGUCUCAGACUCUCCACCUCCAACACAAACACUGCUUGUUCAAGGGGGGUAACCUAAGUCAGGCUGGGUGCAGAUAUUUCUGAUUAUUAUGAUAUUCUUCGUCAGUUCUAACUGUACUGUCAAUACUUAGGCCCAUGUUCCUGGACUAUAAAGAUGCGAUGUGGUUUUAAUAGGCCCAACUAUAGAAUGGGUGUCAUCUGUGCUUCAGUAGCAAUGUAUUACAGAAAUGUGUAAUUUGUGGUCAUAUGAUGAAAAUUGGUGUUUGUGAACUGCUAAUUAUCGGUACAAAGGAUCAUGUUAUUGUGUACUGAUCACAUUUCUAUUUGCUACCACUCUGGGGUAACUUACUGGCAACAAGAGUCAUAGUCCAGGGCCUCAAAAAAGGCAACCACCACCACCACUUCAGCACCAUACAGCAGUAGUCAAUGAAAUCAAAUCCUCUUUCUUACAACACAAACCACGGUGACUAUAGUAGCCAGCUGAGUGCUGAGCUGUGAACUGCUGUGGCUGUGGUUUUUCCCAGCUUUUAAGUGGCUAUUAGAGUAACUUCAUCUUCACCUUAAUGACAUUUGUUUAUCCCUUUCCUUUCUUUACCCAUCUCCUAAUUUAACCUGGUUUAAAACGCCUUUGAUUUUUUUGUCACAUUUUGUAAAUGCUCUUUUUUUUUAAUGUGCAAAACAUUUCUAAUCUUAGAUGGUUAUAUGGUAUGUGUGUUUUGGUUAUAUAUUUUAUAAGGUCCAUUUCAUUUUUACAGAGAUACCAUAUGCACUAUGUUUCACAAAGAGAAAUAAACCAAAAUGUACUAAGUGGA